AUGCGCACCGACGCCGUCCUCCUCGCCGUCCUCGCCCUCGCCCACCUCGCGGCGGGUGCCCCUGCCCCCUUCCGCCGCCUCACCAACCGCGAGGCGAUCCAGUCCGGACUUCCCCUCCCCAUGCCCCACUCCACGACCACGACCUCCUCCGCUGCCCCCUCGUCCGCCCCCGGCUCGUGCACCUUCGGCCAGAACUGGCAGCAGUACACCGACGGUAUCGCGGGCAUCUACGCGCCCCCCGUCUGCCAGUCGGGCAACCAGUGGUACCAGUCUGGGCAGGCGUACAACUUUGCCAUUGACGCCAUCAACCAGUCGUGCUACGUCCAGAUGGACAAGUGUCAGCUUGCUGCCAACCAGGGUGGUAACAAGAACCCUCUCACGGUCGCGAACUGCAACGGCCCUCAGAUCCAGGCAUGUCUUGCCCAGGCUCAAAAGACGGUGAACGGUGCUGCCUCGUCGUCUGCGAGCACAACCUCGACGUCGUCCUCGGCCACCACCACCUCCAAACCUGCCUCGAGCACCUCCACGACGACUUCGUCCUCUGCCACUGCGAGCCCCUCGACUACGGUUCCUCCCCCGGCCUGUGCCUCGGGAGGCAACUGGCAGCAGUACACCGCGGGCAUUGCCGGUAUCAACGCCCCGCCCGUGUGCCAGUCGGGCAAGUACUGGUACCAGUCUGGCCAGCAGUACAACUUCCCCAUCGACGCCAUCAACCAGUCGUGCUACGUGCAGAUGAACAACUGCCAGCUGGCGGCCAACCAGAGCGGCAACAAGUCACCCCUCACCGUGUCCAACUGCAACGGAGCUCAGAUCCAGGCGUGUCUCGACCAGGCUAAGACCACGGUCAAGAACGCUGGGUAUUAA